ACAUGUCCAACGGUCAGAAUGGCAUCUAUCCUCUGUUACUGAUAGAGAGAGGGAGGAAGAGAGAUGAGGAAGAAAAGGGGAAGAUCGGAGAGCUCGGAAACCCCAAUCUCUCGGUCGGAAGUGGAAGAAAAAGUUGGAGAUGGAAACGUGGGCAAAGAAGGGAAACGGUUUUUCGCGUGCUACCUAUUGGUCUCCCUCAGCCCACGUCACAAAGGCCACACCUACAUCGGAUUUACGGUGAAUCCACGGCGUCGUAUAAGGCAGCACAAUGGCGAAAUUGUGAGUGGUGCGUGGAGGACCAAGAAAAAGAGACCCUGGGAAAUGGUUUUGUGCAUCUAUGGUUUCCCAUCAAACGUCUCCGCUCUCCAGUUUGAAUGGGCCUGGCAACACCCAAAAGAAUCACUGGCUGUGAGGAAGGCAGCUGCGAGCUUUAAAUCCUUAUCUGGAAUAGCUAAUAAGAUCAAACUGGCAUACACAAUGCUCACCCUCCCAGCCUGGCAAAGCUUGAACAUCACUGUAAAUUAUUUUUCAACGAAGUACACAAAUCAUUAUGCUGGUUGCCCAGGCUUGCCUGAGCAUUUGAAGGUCCAAGUUCGCCCAAUGGAUGAGCUUCCUUGCUAUUCAGAAUUAAUAGAUGUGAGUUUUAGUGAAAAUGAAGACGAAUGGAAUAAUAAAGAAGACUGUGAGGGAGGUACUAGUAGUACUGCCAGCGGAUUUGUAAAAGAAACAAUACCGGAUUCCAUGGUUCGAAAUUCGUCAGAUAAUGAGAUUAACAUCAUCGACAAGACGGCUGAGUUCCUUUAUGGAAGGGGUAAUGAACUUGAAGAAGAUUGUGCACAGCCAUCUAGUUUCAUCAAAUCAGCUUCAAUCGCCACUAGCUCAUAUAGUUUAGAAGAAGUUGCUGAAGGAAGAGAUAUAGCUGCUGCUAGUGUUGAAUUGCAACUACCGGUAGUAACGGCUGGUUACUCCGCUCAACCACCAAGCAGCAGCUAUGCUGCGCCUCAAUAUGUUGAGAUCAUAGAUAUCUCAACCCCAUCGCCUGACUGCAGAACUAGUUUAUGCGGCAAAAAGAGAAGAAUUUCUACUAUUUGUCCUCAGAUUAUCGACCUUACCAAAUCUCCAGCUUUUGUCCAACUAUAAAAAUGUUGGACCAUAUCUCCAAAGCAAAUAUGAAUACCUCAUGUUCAGUUUGUUCAA